AUGAAGCUCCUCCUGAUCAUUGCAAUUCUGCUGUUACAGAAGUCCAAAGUAACUGAACAACUUAAGAGAUGCUGGGGUGAAUAUAUACAUGGAUAUUGCAGGAAAAUAUGCAGAAUAAGUGAAAUACGUCAAGUACUAUGUGAAAAUGGGAGAUAUUGUUGCCUCAAUAUCGUGGAAUUGGAAGCACGUAGAAAAAUUACAAAGCCACCUCCUCCAAAGCCAAGGACAUAUGCAAUGACUUUCCCUCAAGAUGAGGAUAUACCUAUAGAAAAUUAUUCAAGACCCAAGGCAAAUUCUACAUAA